GCUCACGUUUGGAAAAAAGAUUUCUUAUCUCCAUUCUAGACUCUUAUUGGGGAGUGACAAGUGGUAGGAGACAGUGGGGAAGCCCGUAAUUACCCACUCCGAGCUCUGUGGCUCUGUCCCUAAACCCCGCAGAAAGAGCAGAAAGAGCGGAGAUAGGUGGUUUAGGAGGUUAUCAAGGAAGAUCCCGAAGACCUGAGGAACGCCUGCAUGGUCGACUGACUCAAUAUAUCAACCGCGUGAACGUCUCUGCUGCAUAAAAUAAACCGAUGAUUAAGGAUUAAGCGUGGAGGUUUCCCAUGUCUCGGGUUUAUUCCUGUCUCCGGAGACUCGUCUGAGCGGUGAUAGAGAGACUUGGAGAGAAGCCGUUUGUGCUCCCGGGAUUUCCCUGAAAACCCUCAGCUCUCAGUGAAAAGAGAGGGAUCUCCAAAAAAAAGAGGUUGCAGAAGGGCACUGACUGACUGACUGACUGACAGCCACAACGAUGAUUAAAAACACACCAACCUAACAACCUCACACCCAUUGGCUCACGAGGAGGAAGAUACAACACAUUGGCCCCGCCCCUUCACAUUGUCUUCGGACAAAAACAAAAAAAAACAGCCGCUUAGUUACAACGACGAGGACGAGACGCGAUGCGUUGUCCUGUGAUGUUGACCCUGCAGGCGGUGUGUGUGUGAGUGUGUGUGUGGCCAUGCAGCAAUAUCCAGCUGCCUGGGGCCACUAUGACGUGUGUAAGAGUCAGAUCUACACAGAGGAAGGGUUAACGUGGGACUACAUGGCCUGUCAACCAGAAGCUACAGUCAUGACCAAGUACCUGACCGUCAGCCUGGACCCGCCCAAUAUCACCUGUGGAGACCCACCUGAGACAUACUGCGCGCUGGAAAACCCGUACAUGUGCAACAACGAGUGUGACGCCUCCACAGAUGAAUUAGCUCAUCCUUCGGAGCUCAUGUUCGAUUUCGAGGGUCGUAACCCAACAACCUUCUGGCAGUCCAGUUCCUGGAAGAAGUACCCCAAACCCUUGGAGGUCAACAUCACGCUGUCCUGGAACAAGACCAUCGAGUUGACCGAUGACAUUGUCAUCACCUUUGAGUCCGGCCGGCCUGAGCAGAUGCUUCUGGAGAAAUCGCUAGACUACGGUAAAACCUGGAUCCCUUACCAGUUUUACGCUACCGACUGCCUCGACGCAUUUACCAUGGACCCCAAGACGGUCAACGAGCUGACACAGCGAACCCUCCUCGACAUUAUCUGCACCGAGGACUACUCCCGUGGCUACGUGUGGAAGUACGAUAAAACAGUCCGCUUUGAGAUCAAGGACCGGUUUGCGCUGUUCGCCGGGCUGCAGCUGUACAACAUGGCGUCGCUGUACGGUCAACUGGACACCACCAGGAACCUCCGGGACUUCUUCACUGUGACGGACCUGAGGAUACGGCUGCUGAAACCGGCCACUGGGUCCACCAUGGUAGAUGAAAACAACUUGUCCAGAUACUUCUACGCCAUCUCUGACAUCAAGGUGCAAGGAAGGUGUAAGUGUAACCUACACUCCAACAGCUGUGUGUUUGACAAAGACAAGGGGAAGCUGGGGUGUGAGUGUGAACACAACACAACAGGACCAGACUGCGGCCGCUGUAAGAGACACUACCACGGACGACCUUGGAGCGUCGGGUCCUACCUGCCCAUUCCCAAAGGAACUGCUAACAUCUGUAUCCAUAGCAGUCAUGGACCAGUGCAUCGAGCUAAUGCUUCAUCUCUAGGUGUUGCAAACCGUAAUCAAGCUCAUGUGUGUGACAACGCCAUGCUUCUCUGUCAGAACGGGGGAACGUGCCACCACCACCACCAGCGGUGCCACUGUGCUACAGGUUUCACUGGCAUCCUUUGUGAGAGAGAACGAUGCCAGGGUCCUGGGCCCUGUGAGGAGUACCCAACGUCUGGGCAACCAUGCCUCCACCACCCCCUCCUCUUCCACUACCUCUACCCUCUCCUCCUGGGCCCCCCAGGUCUGCUCCUCACCCUACUACUCCCCCUGGUGGUGAUAAGGGUCUGCUGACAAUCGCUGUAUUCAUUACAAUUGGCCAGGGAACUUGGAACUUGGAAAGAUCUACUUGGCCUUAUUGCAUUUUUUGACAGGACAGGAGAAAGACAUCUCUAAACACAUGUCUUUGGGGAUAUCUUGGGACAGCAGAACAUCUUGGGGAAAGGAAAAGGAACUGUAGCACCUAAAGUACCUAGAUGGGACCAUCCAGAGACACCGACCGAGAUACAAUGUGUCAAAAGCCACCAUGACUGAGAUGAGGUAGAAGUGCAAGUGUUUGCUGAUAAACUAGAUGAUUAACGAAGAUAUGCUUUUGGUCAGAGACAGACAGACAGACAGACAGACAGACAGACAGACAGACAGACAGACAGACAGACAGACAGACAGACAGACAGACAGACAGACAGACAGACAGACAGACAGACAGACAGGAAAAAAAACCAUCUGUUUUACAGUACAAUCUAUAAUCGUUAAUCGCACAAUGAAUGCGUCUCAAAUGGCACCCUAUACCCUAUAUAGUGCACUACUUUUGGCCAGGGCCCAUGAGGAAUAGGCUGCCAUUUAUGAAGACAACAAUGUGUGACCUAGAAACACUGUUAGAAAUAUUGUCAUUCAUUGGGGAUAAACUGAUCAUCUUCACAGAUGUUAUCCCACUUCAUGUGGAUCAUUGGGGACAGACUCAUCAUCUUCACAGAUGUUAUCCCACUUCAUGUGGAUCAUUGGGGACAGACUCAUCAUCUUCACAGAUGUUAUCCCACUUCAUGUGGAUCAUUGGGGACAGACUCAUCAUCUUCACAGAUGUUAUCCCACUUUAUGUGGAUCAACCAAACACCAUGACAUUGUACAAAACAAACAAGGAAUAAUCGUUUGAACUCUGGAUCUGUUGUCUGACUACAAAGUGGAUGAGGAGAUGAGGAGAUGUCCAUUAUUUUGCUCCCUUCCCUUUUUCCUCCCUCCUUGUUACCUUCCCUUACUUACUUCCCUCAAAUAUAUUCCACCUACUUGUGCUUUGGUAACUCUAGUGAUUUUUGUUGGCUGCUGAAAAAGGCAAUUUUGACAAAAUGCUGCACACGUGUUACGAUCCAAGCCAGUCCCUUGACUACCGGUCGACUGAGAAGAAUAUUUCUCUUGUUCUUUUUUGUCGGAGGAGGCUUCGUAGUCAUGGUAACGCUUGUUGAGCUCACAUGUAUUGGAUAAAAGUAUGUAUCAUAUUGUAUUGUAGCUGUAUUAAAUUUUUGUACAAAACAAAAGAUAUUUUCGUGACUUUAAGUAUAUGAAAAAGAUGUCUUACUUUUAGUUUUUAUAUAAUUUCCUGCCGGCAUGGGGUGGCAGGGCAACUCCUGAGGAUGUCUAUGACUCAUAUAUACAUGUUUUGACCUGCUGACACCUCAAUGAAUCUCUUUGAAAAACACACUGAAAUACAAUAUACUUACAAAAAAGAGAAAUCCAGUGUUUUUGUUAUUGCUUUAGAGAAGAACAGAUCAUCCAAGAUCUCUUAGAGCAGGGCUGCCCAACCCUCUUCCUGGAGAUCUACUGUCCUGUA